GUGAAAGUUAGCACUUCGAAAAGUUCAGUCACUGACUUUGGACGAUAAUUUGCAACCAUAUGACCUCCAAGAAGAAGAACCAGUAUGCAGGCCUACGUGAGUGUUCUUGUUGGUAGACACAUGAGAUCAAACUAAUAGUAUUCCAGCCCCAGUCACUAUGAUUGAGCCAAUAAUCUCAAAAUAUUGGAACAUGGGCAAAAAUGACAAGUUUAUACUUGAACGGAUACGAGAAAGCACUUCAUUGACUAUGCUCUAGGGAAACCAAUCUACGCAAAACUCGUGAAUCACUGGGAAUGUUUUCUGCAAGAAAGCAUGGGGAAACAAUUGAAUCGAUUGCUGAACGGAUGAAAAGUUUGCGACUGACAUAUCCCAAGGCAGGUGUACGUGAUAUGACAGACUUGUUUUGGCGAGAGUACCAAAUCAAGAUACCAAGGUCACUGGUCAAUAGUUACUGUAAAACAUAUGAGCCAGACCUAGUCAAACAGCGAAGAGCUAAUCGUCUUAGCCGGAAGUUGUUCUGGGCAGCUGGGCUUUUCGAUGUUGUGUGUGUGGAUCAGCAUGACAAAUGGAGGGAGAAGUGGAAGCUAGGACUUCACGUUGGGGUGGAACCAAUGUCUGGACAAAUCCUAUGGCUUGAGAUAUGGCAUACAAAUCGCAAUCCCAAAAUUGUUGCCUCAUACUAUUUGGAUUGGGUCGAAGCAAGUGGCUAUAUGCCGUUGGUUACUCAAAGUGACCCUGGGACCGAGAACUAUGGAAUCGCAAAUGCUCAUACUGCCCUUCGUCAGUGGCAUGAUCCAAACAUGGUUGGAACUUUGUCACACCGAUGGAUGAACCGAAAGAAGAACAUCAAACCAGAGAUUAUCUGGAAUCAGGUUCGAAGACGCUUCAGUCCAGGAUUUGAAGAUAUCCUGCUCGUGGGCAUCAAUCAAGGAUGGUAUAACUGUGAGAAUCCAUUGGAAAAUUUAGUAUUCCGAUGGGUAUUCAUCCCAUGGCUACAGAAGGAACUAGACACUUUCCGUCAUCGGGUCAACAAUUUUAAAAAGAGGCGUGACAAAAACAAGAUUUUACCUCAAGGUAUACCAAAUGAGAUUGUAGAUCGACCAAGUGCAUUUCAGGUCAUGGACUUCCGGGUCAAAGUCAAUAAAGAGGCUAUAGAUGUUGUUCGCCAACGAUAUGCACCUCGGUCAGAUCAAGUGUUCGAUCUUGUUCCAUGCAACUUCAAUGGAAUCAUAUCUAACAUGUAUGUAUUCCUUGGAAGUCCUGAAAUCACACGAAGCUCGUGCUGGGAUGUGUAUCUUGCCCUUCUCAAUAAGCUUGAAGAACCCAACAUUCAACCUUCAGUCUUGCAUACACUCGAAACAUGGGACUCAACAUUUGUUGAUGGCGAUGAUGGUCAAACGCCAGAGCUUUUAGCAAACUCAAAUCCUCUUGCAAAUGGUCCUGGAGUCCGUACACCUGCUGGGUCAUUCUACUAUGGUGGUGUAAAUCAUGGAAAUGGUCUUGAUCAGGAUCAGGUAUCAGUGGGUGAUGAAGAUCCAGGUAACAGUGAGAAUGAGAUAGAGGAAGCAGAUCUAGAUGGGGCAUUUGGGUUGUUCUCUGAGGAUGAGGAUGAUGAUAUGUUGGACGUUCCAAUGUAACCUAAGUGUAUAGUUUCUACAAAAAUGUCAUAUUGACCUCUCUGAGUGACC